AUGAUCGUUCGUCACCGGGCAGUGUCUGAGGCACCUGUUCUGCAGCGUUGUGCGAUGCGGCCCGGGAUGGCGCGGGAUAAGUGGUUUCUGGCUACCGUGACCGAGUUCGAUCCGUCGAAGAAGCUUUUAGCUGAAAAGAGCCGUGGCUCGCGAGUGAACACGAUGAAGAUGGACAAAAGCUGGAUUCUGCCGGCUGGGAUGCCAGCUGUAGCAAGGGCUUCCUUUGCAAGCUUUGAUGAGGGUGGCGGGUCGGCAUUGGCGAGCGAAAACUUGAGACCGCUGGUGCAAUGGCGUCAGCAGCACCGGAGGACUUUGGAGGGCUUCUUGUGCGCUGCGGCGUUCGUACAAGAUCGACAUGUCUACACAAACUGCACAGAUGCGCCGACACCAAAUGGAGUCACUUGGAAAUUAUCCGCAAUAUUUGGCAGUAACGGCCUGUAA